AUGGCCACAACCCCACUUUUCACCGUACCGCCACCACCUUCUGCCACCGCAGCACCGCCAUCAACACACUCGAGUCAAGUAGACACCCUCACCCUCUUAAUCGACAAAUCCAAAUCCAAAAACCACCUUCUCCAAAUCCACGCAACUCUCAUCCGCCGCGGCCUCGACAACCACACUAUCCUAAACUUCAAACUCCAACGCCGUUACUCUACCGUGGGCCACCUUCGCUACUCCGUUACCCUCUUCAACUGCACCCCUAACCCAAACGUCUUCACAUGGACCUCCAUUAUCUAUGCCCACACCCAAUCACACCUCAACGACCAAGCACUUUCUUACUACGCUCAAAUGCUUACCCACCGUAUCCAACCCAACGCCUUCACCUUCUCCUCCCUCCUCAACGGCACCACCCUUCGACCCACCAAAGCCAUCCACUGCCACGUCAUCAAGUUCCGUUUGAGCUCCGACACUUACGUAGCAACGGGUCUUGUCGACGGUUACGCGCGAGGGGGUGAUAUUAUUUUCGCAGAGAAAGUGUUUGACGAAAUGCCUAAGAAGAGUUUGGUUUCUUUUACGACAAUGCUUACGUGCUACGCAAGACAUGGGAAGCUACAUGAGGCUCGGUUGUUGUUUGAUGAAAUGGGAGAAGAUAAGGAUGUGGUUGUUUGGAAUGUGAUGAUUGAUGGGUAUUCUCAGAAUGGGUUUCCCAAAGAGUGUUUGUUGCUCUUUAGAAGAAUGCUUGUUGAAAAAGUUAGGCCUGAUGUGAUUACUUUGUUGGCUGUUCUUUCUUCUUGUGGUCAGCUUGGUGCUUUGGAGAGUGGUAGAUGGGUUCAUUCUUACAUUGAGAACGAGAAAAAUGAUAUUUUUGCGGUUGAAGUUCGCGUGGGUACUGCUUUGGUUGAUAUGUACUGUAAAUGUGGAAGCUUGGAGGAUGCGAGAAAGGUUUUUGAUAAGAUCAAUGGUAAGGAUGUGGUUGCUUUGAACUCAAUGAUGAUGGGAUAUGCUGUUAAUGGGUUUAGUGAAGAAGCUUUGAAGUUGUUUCAUGAGAUGUGUGAUAUGGGAGUUAAACCUAGUCAUGUUACUUUUAUUGCAGUUUUAACUGCUUGUGGACAUUCUGGUUUGGUUACCAAAGGAUGGGAGAUUUUCAAUUUGAUGAAGAAUGAGUAUGAGAUGGAACCAAGGGUUGAGCAUUUUGGGUGUAUGGUUAAUCUACUUGGUCGAGCCGGGCAUUUGCAAGAAGCUUAUGAUCUUGUGAGGUGUAUGAAGAUCGAUCCUGAUCCUGUGCUUUGGGGAACUUUACUUUGGGCUUGUAGACUCCAUAACAAUAUUUCAUUGGGAGAGGAGAUAGCAGAGUUUCUUCUGAGCAGUGACUUAGCUAGUUCUGGGACUUAUGUUCUUCUUUCGAAUAUAUACGCUGCUUCUGGCAACUGGGUUGGUGCAGCUAAGGUUAGGUCGUUGAUGAAAGACAGCGGAGUUGAAAAAGAACCUGGUUGUAGUAUAAUUGAAGUUAACAACAGGGUACAUGAGUUUAUUGCUGGUAAUUUAAGACAUCCUAAGAGCAAAAAUAUAUACAUGAUGUUGGAGGAGAUGAAUGGUUGGCUUAAGGGCAAUGGUUAUACUCCAAAGACAGAUGUUGUUUUACAUGACAUAGAGGAAGAACAGAAAGAGCUAUCCUUGGAAGUUCAUAGUGAGAAACUUGCAUUGGCAUUUGGGCUUAUUAGUACUAGUCCAGGGACUACAAUUAAGAUUGUAAAGAACCUUCGGGUUUGUGUAGAUUGUCAUGCUGUGAUGAAGAUGAUAUCUAGGAUCACCCGGCGUCAAAUUGUAAUGAGGGACCGGAACCGGUUCCACCACUUUGACAAAGGUUCAUGUUCAUGUGGGGAUUAUUGGUGA